AUAAACAAAAACUAGCGAAAAUUGAAGAAGACUUUGAACACGACACAACGAAGAAAACUCGAUCAAAAUUAUAAACUCAAAAACUACACAAACAUAAGAACCCAGAAGGAGUGUUAUUUUUACGUCACAGCAUACAACUCUACCACUUUCUCUUUCAUCAUCAAUCCAACGUUUGCUACACCGUAGAAGCUGUACGAGGAGCUUGUCGUCUAAGGAAUGUCGCAAUCUCUGUUGCAGCAAGAGCAAGGCAUCAAGACCGCCGAGGGGGGUGGUGUACCUCAGAAGACGGAACACCACCACCACCGCCGCAGUCACGACGGAGCGCACGUUCCGAACCACUUCAAACACCACGGCAAGCACAAGCACCACCACCACAAGCACAAGCACCACGGGCAGCAGGACGAUUCCGCCUUUCUGCAGCGCGACAACAAGGCGACACCUGCGGCGGCGCCGGACCAGGCGGGCGGCGCCGCAACCGCGCCCAUGAGCGGGUCGGUGCCAGGACCUGCGGACGCGGGGGCCGCUGGAGGAGCGGCGGCUGCGAACAACCCCGGUGCUGGUGCGGCUUACGGGCAGCAGCCGCCGCCGGAACUACAGCAGCCCGCUGCGAAUGCUGCUGAUGCGCCGCUGCCUCCCGCGGGGCCGGGCUCCUUUUACAACCCCCCGCCCGCCAUGCAAGACGGCGCGCCGCUGCAGCAGCCCCCUCCGGGCCCGGGUACGCCGAUGCCGGGCGAGCAGUUCCCGGCGAACAAUUGGGGGCAGCAGUAUAACCAACCCGGGGGGCAACCGCUGCCCUACAACCCGCAGUACAAUCCGCAGUACAAUCCGCAGCUGAAUUACCAGGACUACGCGCUGCAGCAGCAGCUUCUCCAGCAGCAGCUCCUUCAGCAGCAGUACCAGCAGCAGAACAACUUUCAGCAGCAGAACAACAACAAUAACUACCCGCCGCAGAUGCCCCCGCCGGAGUUUGCCGCUGCAGCGGCCCAGCAGAAUGCGGGCAACAACUACCCGCCGCAGCAGCUCCCGCCGAAUUACCUGCCGCCGGAGUACGCGAACGCAGCUGCGCAGAAUGCUGGCAACACCUACCCGCCACAGCAGCUGCUGCCCUCGAUAUCCUGAGUAAAAACGUACCCACACCAGAGUCAGAAUGGGGAUUUUGCAACACAAACCUAGGAGUUUUGUGAGUCACGCAUGACAAGUUGCACUCUGCAGUGUAGUGCAGGUUAGCAAGUGCAGCCGCGUCACAGAUUCAUCUGCUCAUCCUGUUCACAGCAUCACAAAUUCCAAAACACGAUUGGAAAUGGCUCUCAUGUUGAUGCGCAUUACAAGUCUUCCUGUCUUUGCAAAUCUGCAUUACAACUGCUCGGCUGUCCCCCACUUCUUAGAUUGUCGUCAAAGAUUAGAGUAGUGCUAUUCCAUUACCGCCUUCGCGAUAUUUUUUUAGCGGACCCCGCACAUUAUCCCUGAUGCGUUUCCCGCUUAGUAUUGAAUGUCUUUGACUCAAACACAUAAACGCGCCUUGCUACGGCACACCUCAUCUGCCUAGUCGCCCCUAGGUAGGUGCAGGAAUUUUCUGUGUGGGCUUUUUGUGCUGAAUUAUUCCAACAGGGGCUGCGUUUUUUUUUUCUGCCUUGCCAGCAGAGUUGUACAGAUGGGGGGGAAUUGACGGAAAUGGAGCGAGACCUUGGUGACGGACCAGACGACAAGAGCGGAAAUGGUACAAAUCAAAAAAAAAAGAUGGUGUACACGCGCACUGCUUAACUGUGUGAAAGGUGUCGGCCCUGAUUGACCUGCUGCGGCAGGCAGGUGAAUUCGUAGAACUGCGUCACAUGUUAAGUAACGCCCACUGGCCUCCUAGAAGAAUAGUGAUGAAUUUAUAUGCGUUUUUUCAGCGUGGGGCCCAAUGAAAAAAAAAAAAAAUCUGCAUUACAACUCUGGUGUGGGUACGUUUUUACUCAGGAUACUCGAGCACGAAUUUUCAGCCGCCGCCUCCGAACUUCGAACAGCAGCCGCCGCUUGCAGCUCCUGCUCUAUCACAUGUAAAAAUGUCUGGGUCUGGAAGAUUGGAACUUGUGAUGCUGCGUCUGCAUUAUCCAAAAAUCUGUAUUGCAUGAACAGCAAAAGAGGCCUGGCUUUGGCCACGGCGAGAGGGCAUUUCUCAUGCGGUAUAGGCAUCAGAAUGCCCUCACAAUAUCUGUGAUGCUAGGGCAUGCAUCGCAGACGUCAGGAGUCACGCAAAAUGUGCAUGACAAACCUUGCAUCCUUCCAGACCCAGACAUUUUUACAUUUGAUAUGCUCCGGUCGGGAACAACAAUGUGGCUGGCGGGCUCCAAGAGCAGCAGCCGCAGCAGCCGGGCUUUGCUCCCGCGGCCGCGGCUCCCGGGACGGAACAACCCGCACAACCGCAGGAGCAGCAACAGCAGCCCACGGCUGGUUCAUCUACUUUUGCGAACAACGACCGGCAGCCGCCCGCGGCGAACAAUGUUGAGCAGCCUCCGGCCGGCGCAGCGCCAGUGGCGACGCCCAAUCACGGCGCACCGCUCGUGCCGGAAGACCCGACCACGACACCGCCCCCGCGGGAGCAACAUCCGGAUGAACACAAGCGCAGCACCGACCGUCCCUACAAGUCGGCGGCGCCGCGGCCGGGGAACAUUUUCAUGACGGGGAACGACAAGGACCAGCUGCACAAACCCGUGGACUUGAAGAAGCACGACCACCUGUUUCUGAAGCCCGAGAAUUUCGCCAACGCCGACGCGUUUUUCAGCACCGGGGACCCGGACCAGCUGGCCGUGACCGCGUCGCACAGUGACGUAUCAAAUGUAAAAAUGUCUGGGUCUGGAAACUUGUGAUGCUAAAAUGUGCAUGAUGAAAACACUUCCGAAUGCAGUCCGGCAUGACAACUUCCAAAAACGCUUUCUCAUAGGCAAUCCGCAUGAGAAACUGCGUUUUUGCAUGACAAAAGAGGCUGCGACUUUUGUUGGUUUUGCAAUACAGAUUUUCUAGGUAUGGAAAGCCAGCAUUACAAGUUCCAACCCUCCAGACCCAGACAUUUUUACAAUCCAUAUGACGCGUUUCUCUACUACGUCCUGCCCCUGGUGCUCUUCAUCAGCUUGGUCUGCAUCGCGAACAUGGCCAUGGAAAUGUUCACCGUGAAUGACGCGCUCGCGCUGUACAACCGAAAAAACCAGAAGGACUCGAAGCAAACGCGAAAACCCAGCGGCGUUUUCAAAAACUUCUUCAGAAACGGGAACAACGGAAGGGGGAACUCCCGCGACAAGAAGAAGCACGACCGCACUUCGGGCAUGGAAGAAACGCUGGUGUGA